UUAAGAGUGUGAGGUUUGGCCACUGUCUGUCGCAGCGAACGAAGCAAAGGACACACUCCGGACGAACGAGUGCAUGUUACAUAUAAACGUCUGUAGUAGAGGACAUUUGCUCUCAAACGAAGACGCUCCGCGGUGGUUCGCGCCAUUUUCUGUGAUUUAGUCAGAAGACGCUAGCGAGCGAGCGCUGAGAAAGGCGACAUCGAAGAAGAGGGCCCUGAGUGGGGUGCAAAUCGCCUCGCCCGCCGCUGGGUCAUCAUCAACAAACGUCGUCGUUGUGUCCAAUCGACGUGGGCAUCCACACGACGGCAAACAAACAUCUGCGAGAAGACACAGGGCACGGCAACCAGUGUUUAUUAUUAUUUUUUUAAAUUGUAUUUUCAUUUUUGCUCCUCUGCCGCAUCCCGGACUUUUGCUGCCUAGCAGAGUAUGCUAAAUAAUGAGCCAAAGGGACACACUGGUUCAUUUGUUCGCCGGGGGAUGUGGGGGUACAGUGGGUGCUAUUUUGACGUGUCCUCUGGAAGUGGUGAAGACCAGACUGCAGUCCUCCUCUGUUACACUUUACAUCUCUGAAGUUCAGCUCAGCACCGUAAACGGAGCCAGCCUCGCCCGCGUCACUCCACCGGGGCCUCUGCACUGUCUCAAAUUAAUCUUCGAGAGAGAGGGACUGCGGUCGCUCUUUCGAGGACUUGGACCCAACCUUGUGGGUGUGGCACCUUCGAGGGCGAUCUACUUUGCUGCUUAUUCAACAGCCAAGGAGAAGCUGAAUGGCGUGCUGGAGGCAGACUCCACCCAGGUGCACAUGGUGUCUGCUGGAAUGGCCGGGUUCACAGCCAUCACAGCCACCAACCCCAUUUGGCUGAUAAAAACCCGUAUGCAGCUGGACUCCAGGAACCGGGGCGAACGCCGCAUGAACGCCUUUGACUGUGUUCGGCGGGUGUACCAGAUGGACGGCUUGAGAGGUUUUUACAAGGGCAUGUCGGCGUCGUACGCGGGCAUCUCUGAGACGGUUAUCCAUUUUGUCAUCUAUGAAAGCAUCAAACGGAAGCUGCUACAGUCGAGGACUCAGACUGGCAUGGAGGCCGAGGAGGAGUAUGUCAAAGACGCCUCAGACUUUGUUGGCAUGAUGCUCGCUGCAGCCACUUCCAAAACCUGCGCCACUACCAUUGCAUACCCCCACGAGGUCAUCCGCACAAGGCUACGAGAAGAGGGGAGCAAAUACCGCUCCUUCUUCCAAACUCUGCUGACCGUGCCCAGAGAGGAGGGUUACCGGGCGCUGUACCGCGGCCUCACCACACACCUUGUCAGACAGAUUCCCAACACGGCCAUCAUGAUGUGUACCUAUGAAGUGGUGGUCUACCUGUUUGGCCGUUAGCGGCCACGCCUGUGCUCCUUCCAACUGUGUACAGACUCGAAGACGAAGGCCUUUUGGCAAGGAGCAAAUGACGACCAAAGGAAAACCCAAGAAGCUGAAGUGGACCGGCAGAGUAUAAACAAGUCAUAUCUGAAACGUGAAAGGAGGGAAAACCCUUUGGUACCAUUUCAACCUGUAGACUGCGAGUUCCCGUCUUUGGCUUGACUGAAGAGAGAGAUUGCUGAAUGUUGCCUUGGGUAAGAAAGAGAGAUGCCCAAACAGAAGGAGCCUCUGAAAAAAAGUUAAUGAGCACAAUUCAGUGGCCUUAAGUGUUGUUUCUACAAGUGAGCGAUGGGUAAAUUGCUGCUUUUCAUUCAGGUAGAGAACAUUUCACAAGGGGGAAUGCUUGAAGACGACUGCAGAUGGCAGGAAGGAUGGAAACAAAAUGUGAUUGGAAUUGCCAAAUUUCUCUAUUCAAAGAUGAUGAAAGAUUUUUUUUUUUUAAACUAUCCUUUAUUUUCUGACGCAAUUUUCUGUUUUUGUCUUCAGGCCAAAUAACAGUACAGUGGGCCCUGGGGAUAAAGGCGAUAAUAAAAAAAAAA